UUUGAUAGGUUGAUUAACGAUAUUUUGAGUUUGGUGAAAAGUUACAGACAAUUACAGAGACUAUAGUACGAAACGAAACCAAACCAAACAAUCAAAAGAGCUAUCCAUUUUAUCCAUUUAAUUCAUCAAUUUUCAUUUCCAUAUUUUACAUAACCUUUUUCCAUUUCAAUUCUUUUCACCUGAAUUAAUCAUUUAUACUUUACAAUUCCAUUUAUUAUUUUAAAAUUCAAAUAAACUACAACAAUACUAGUUUAGGAUAACUCACCCACUCAAAAUUAAAACUACUACAAACAUGACUUCUUCAGUUAGUACAACCACAUCUACUGCCGAUGAUGUAUCUCAACAGAUUGCAUUCAACUAUGCCAAUGAAUGUGAUUUAGAAAUCCAUUGUUCCCCUUUUGGGUUGAGUGGGUUAUAUAUUAGAAUCAAUGGUACUAAUCUUAUGGGUAUUGGAUCAACCAUGGGAUUAAUUACGGGUUCAACUAAGGGACUUAUACAUUAUAAUGAUUCUAAUGAUUUCAUUGAUCAAAAAUAUAAAUUAUAUGUUAUAGUUGAUGAUGAAGGUAUGUUAAGAAUUGAUUUUACCAAGAUUUUUACUUUAAAAAAGAAAGAUAAUAAAAGUAAAUCUAAAUCCAAAUUAAAAUCUAAAUUAAAAAGUAAAUCCAAGAGUACUACUGGUAAGAAGAAGAAAUCAGUUGAUGAUGAUAAAGAUAAUGAUGGUGAUAUUAAAAAGAAGAAGAAAGGAGGUAAAUCAAAAGAUGAUAAGAGUAAAGGAGGGGAUGAUGAUGAAGAAGAUGAUGAAGAAGAAGAAGAAGAUGAUGAUGAAGAUGAUGAUAUUGAAGAGGAAGAUGAAGAUGAAGAAGGACAUGAAGAUGAUGAUGAUGCUGACGAUGAAAAGGAAGAAGAUAAAUAUGAAGAAGAAGAAGUUCCAACCUUAAUAUUUAGAGGUAAAUGUCCCGAAGGUAGACCAGAUCAUAUUGAACCAUUUAUUGGUAUAUUUUCAUUUGAAAGAUAGGUUAAUUUAGAAUUUUUCCAAUCGUUUUAAUUCUUGUUUCGGUUUUGUUUUGAUUAUAUAUAACAUUUAUAAAUUGUAGUAUCUUUUAUUUAACAUUCUUUUUUAAUAUAACUUAGUUUGAAUUUUUUAUUAAAUUAGGAAACGAAUGUUUUUCAAUCCAGUUUGAAAAAGAUGGGGUCAAGAAUAAUUAUUUUUCCAAAUUCAAAUUCAUAUUCCUUCACCCCAACAAACGUUCCUGAAUGGAAUUAGUUUUAUCAAUUAGUAAAUGCCUCUCUAUCACUUUUAUUAUCAGUUGUUCCCCCAUUAUCAUAUAUAAUUAAAUUCUGGAUAAGAAUUGUAAUUGUACCCCAUGUUUCGGAAACUAAUUCCGACUUAUAGUAAAUAAAAGGAAAGGAAAGGAAAAAGAAGGAUUAAAAGUAUAUAGAUUCGGAAAUGAUAUAGGGUGGUUAAAAUAAUAAAG